UUCUCCUCCUCACGGGCCCUGUUCUUUUGAAGCCGGUAGUGAUUCUGCUCCUCAGGCCCCUGUUCCCUUGGUACCACAGAGGACCCUCUUCCUCAGAGUCUUUGAUCCCCUUUAACUGCAAGUGAUCCUGCUCCUCAGUCCCCUGCUCCCUUUUGAGUGAAAGUGCUCCUCCUCGCCCUUGAACUGUGACCAGGAAGAUGCUUCAAACGAUUAAAGACUGGUUCUGGUUGGAAGAAUUAUGGCUUCCUCCCACAAUAAAAUGGUCAGAUCUUGAAGAUCAUGAUGGACUUGUCUUUGUAAAACCUUCUCAUUUAUAUAUAACAGUUCCCUGUGCUUUCUUAUUGUUGAUCAUUAGAUACUUUUUUGAAAGGUUUAUUGCCACACCUCUAGCAAAGACUUUGGGCAUAAACAAGAAAAUCCCAAAGAAGAUUCAGCAAAAUCCUGUCUUAGAGAAUUUUUUCAUCCGAUCCAACAGGCAUCCUUCCCAAAAUGAUCUGUAUGGUCUAGCAAAGAAGAGUAACCAAACUGUACAACAAGUUGAAAUAUGGUUUAAGAGACGGCGUGAUCAAGAAAAACCCUGCAGACUAAAAAAAUUCCAGGAAGCUUGCUGGAGAUUUACGUUUUAUUUAUUCUUAACUAUUGCUGGAAUUGGAUUUCUGUAUGAUAAACCUUGGCUUUAUGAUCUGUGGGAAGUUUGGAAUGGCUAUCCAAAGCAGCCAUUAUUACCAUCACAGUACUGGUACUACAUUUUAGAGAUGAGUUUUUAUUGGUCUCUGCUAUUUAGCAUUGGUUCUGAUGUCAAGAGAAAGGAUUUUCUAGCCCAUGUCAUCCAUCAUCUGGCUGCUUUAAGUCUGAUGAGCUUCUCUUGGUGUACUAAUUAUAUUCGCAGUGGGACAUUGGUGAUGCUUGUCCAUGAUGUUGCUGACAUUUGGCUUGAGUCUGCAAAAAUGUUUUCUUAUGCUGGAUGGAAGCAAACCUGCAACAUUCUAUUUUUCAUCUUUGCUGCUGUGUUCUUUAUUACUCGCCUAGUAAUUUUCCCCUUCUGGAUUUUAUACUGCACAGUUAUUCUACCUCUACAUUACCUUAAGCCUUUCUUCUCAUACAUUUUCCUCAAUGUGCAACUCUUGAUUCUGCAAGUCCUUCACCUCUACUGGGGUUACUAUGUCCUGAAAAUUCUCAGAAAAUAUGUAUUGAAACAGGAACUUGAGGAUGUAAGGAGUGAUGAUGAAGAAGACUCUGCUGAAGAGGAUGAACCAGAAUGUUUGAAGAAUGGUCGUGGGGCAGGCAGGAAUCCAAUUCCCAAUGGUCAGCCUGGCCAUUAGGUCUGAGCCCCACAAUCCCUCAUGUAGUGCUGUCUGAUUUUUGUGGGGACAUCUAACUCAAAAUGCUGCACAGAACUGAGAAUCACAGGCUCUUCUGUACCAUGGAUGGAUUUAUUGCUGCUUGCAAAGCCUUGAGAGAAGCCCAAUUCCCCAGUGUGCCUCCCCUCCUACCCUAUUUUUUUUUUGCUUAAGGAAAAUUUGUUAAUGGGCUGGUCAUCUUGAGGUUUUGUUCUUUUAACAUUUAAAUUGGUGUGUGAAACAUUACCUAAUUAUUUUACAGCAUUUAAGGCUUCAAUUCAACAAGAAUUUUUAAAGUUUCUCCAGAGAAAAGCUUAAAUUAUAAUUAGGUUAAUCUCACAUUUCAGAUAUUUUGAUUUUUAGAAAUCUAUCAUUAUUUUAUCCCCUUACCUUCAGAAUCUGACUGGUACUUACCCAUAACUUUGGAAGUGUUAACAGGGCUUCUUCACAUAAGCUUUAGUCAUAAUAAGAAGAGAAUUGGAAUGUUGUUCAGUUUUCAUAAUAAUUCCACACAUUUUGAAAGGCACAGUUCAGCUUUUAUUUAGUCAGCUAUCCUAGGCAGAUAGAAAAGGAAUUUCCUUCUAAUGUCAAUAGUGUAAAAUGAACCUAUAUGCUUUUCCUUCUGGUAUCACAGAUAGCCAUUUAACAACGUGCUUUCUGGUGUGUUUUUUUGUUGUUCUGUUUUUUUUUUAAUAUCUUUUAUCCCGGACUUUGUUGGACUGGAUGCAGGAAUUUUGUACUAAAGCAUUUUAUAUAGUUAUAAAAUACAUAAAAGUAUGAGCAACCAGAAGGGUAGGAGAGGGGAGACUUCUAGUUAGAACCUAAUUUUACCCACAUGGAACAAAGCCCCUCAUUCCUAGGGUGAUUGCAUCCUUGAUUUGCCACCAUCAGGACUGAAGUCAGUGUAUCUAAGGGAACAUAAGUAGAACUGAGGAUACACAGGAGGAAGAAUUAGAAUUCUAGUAUAGUCCUAACUGGCAUCAUUUGUUCCACCUCCUUUUUCAAGUUAUGUCUCCUAGUGGUAUUUAGUUAUUUUUUACUUCUUGAGUUAUUAAUGUUGUGGCAUUUCCAAGAUUAUCACUAGGAAAUUAUACCUACCUAAUAGAUACUGGAGGUGUCAUUGGACACAUUGGAUUUCUUUUGUUGUAUAGCCUGUGGAUCAGUUAAUCAACACCAGCAGUUCAUUGUCUAAUUCUGUGACUCAGUUUUCCACAAAAUAUACUAUACACAUCUAGUUUGUAGAUAGUCAACAGUCACCUAUCAACCAUUAAGGAAGAGGAAGACUUUCUUUCCCGUUUUUGCCUUCCCAUUUUUAAAAUACACUAUGCAACUGAGUGAAUAUAUAAAAAACCGAGUGACAAAUGAAGUCACUGGAUAUUGAGCCCACAUGCUAAAGUGCCUCAUCUGCAUUAGGGAGGUGAAAUCAAAAUACUAAUUUUUUUUAAAGCUUAAAACAUUGGAAAUAAUAUGGGAAAGGUUGCAAAUUCUGGACACAAAUGAGAUAAGUCAAACCAUUGGUGAGGUUAUUGGAAAAUUGAUGGAUAUUCUGAAGGAUAUAUUGUUACAAAAGGGGAAACUGCAAAAAUUAUGGGAAUCAUUUUUGCAGUAUAGAGUAUUGAUGGAUUUUGUGGUGCUAGAAAAAUGAGUUUUCAUUCUUAAUGAGAAUUUCAUUCAAUCUAACAUGUAUUUAUUAGUGCAAGGCAGACAAAGACAAAAUAAAGAGUUCCUCUUCUCAGACAGCUUUCAUUCUACUGGAGUUGCCUAGAAAACUCAUGUUUGGAGUCCUAUUGCCUAAAGACAAAUUCCCUGCAGAUUAAUUUAUAUGAUAUAAAACUAUUCUUGGAUUUGCUGGUAACCAGAAAUUUACUUAUAAGAGUUUUUUUUUUCUUCUGACCAGAAUUCAUUUUUCCUUCAAUUACUCUUAUUUUGUUUAUGUGUGUCAGUUGGUACCUUUAUCAUCUCCCUUUGAUGAAUGGCCUAGCAAACUCUAACCACAGCAUCAAACAAAAAUUGGAGAUAGGAUUGUAGAAACCAGGUAGCCAUUUACAUAAGGAUUGCUAUGUCAUCCUGGAAUGUGAAGGACACUGAAAAACCUCUAAAGACAUUUCUGAACUUUCUAACCAAAAAUAUAAAAAGAAACAAAGCUACUUUGAACCAGAACAAAGACCUUACAAAUCUUAUGCCCAAAGAAGUAUUUUUGUGGGAUGAGAUCAUCAGAGAAAAUAACUUAACAAAGAGGAUAUUCAUCUUCCAUCAUAACAUUUGCUUCUAUGUACCCAAUAGCAUUUGUAAUAUAUGUAAUAUAAUAUAUGCAAUUGUAUAUGCAUAUACAUAAAUACACAAACACUUCUUCAUGAUUUUGGUAUUUUUUAAUUGGAGGAAGGGGAGAAACACACUGGUGUCCUGCUUUAUUGUCUCCAUCUGGGUAACUAAAUUCUUCUAGAUAUCUUUUUGUCUUGUCAUUGUACAUAACAUAUGCUUGCUUGUAUUAAAAUGUAUUCCCAAACAUAAUUUGUGCACUGUGUCCAGUCCUACUUUUCUAGUUUAAAAAUUAAAAUUUGAAAAGGAAAUGGGUUAGUAGAUAGUUUGUGUUUUUUUCUCAUUUUUAUGUAGAGGUAAUUGGGAUACUAACAUCAUCUAAUGCUAAAAUCCUAUUAGCAUUGUGUUACUUUAAAGGGAAGUGUUCAUUUGUAUGAUUGAUUUUAAAGAUAACAAGUUUCUAUAGGGAAAAAUAAGAGAGGCCAUAAAUAAUGCAAGUCCUAGUGUCAAGAAUUAUUGUUUUCAUGUUAGAGAAUAACUUAUAAUAAAAUAAGGACAAAAAUAUGUCUGCUUCUUUG